AUGGACCAACCACAUGUUCUGAUGAUACCAUAUCCAGUACAAGGCCAUGUAAUUCCUCUAAUGGAACUGGCACAAUGUUUAGCCAAUGAAAACAUCAAAAUCUCAUUUGUAAACACAGAGAGUACUCAUAAUCUUAUCAUAAAUUCAUUAUCCGGAAGAGAUGUACUAGGAGAUCGAAUUUAUCUGGUUUCGAUUCCGGAUGGACUUGAAUCAGACGAUAGGAAUGUGCCCGGUAAAUUGACUGAGGCAGUCUACAAGGUUACGCCAAGGAAAAUUGUGGAGCUAAUACAAGAAAUGAACAUAUCAGAGGAUGAAAAGAUCACCUGUGUUAUUGCUGAUCAGAGCCUUGGUUGGGCACAGGAAGUUGCUAAGAAUAUGGGAAUUCGACGGGCAGCCUUCUUACCUGCAGCAGCAGCGUCGUUAGUUUUGGGAUUUAGAAUUCCGAAGCUAAUUGAUGACGGAAUAAUUGACAAUGAAGGAACUCCAAAACAGAACCAGAAGUUUCAGUUUGCUCCAGCCAUGCCUAUCAUGAGUACAUUAGACUUCGUCUGGACACGUUUCCAAAACUUGACGAUGAGGAAACUAAUUUUCGACCUUAUGAUACAAAACAACGAAGCAGUGAAAUCAGCAGAUUGGCUGAUAUGCAACUCGACAUAUGAUCUCGAGCCAGGAGCAUUCACCUUGGCUCCAGAAAUAGUUCCCAUUGGCCCCCUUCUAGCAAGCACGCGGCUAGGAAAUUCAGCUGGCCACUUCUGGAGGGAGGACUCUGAUUGCUUAAAAUGGCUCGACCAGCAGCCACCCUUCUCAGUCAUAUAUGUUGCAUUUGGCAGUUUUACUGUUUUUAACAAACUUCAAUUUCAUGAAUUAGCUCUAGCACUUGAGCUCACCAAUAAGCCAUUCCUAUGGGUCAUCCGACCAGACUACACAAAUGGGGCAACCGAGGCUUUCCCUGAAGGAUUCUUGGACCGAGUAUCGACCCAAGGGAAAAUGAUAGGCUGGGCACCACAGCAGAAAGUCUUAAGUCAUCCUUCAACUGCUUGCUUCUUAAGUCACUGUGGUUGGAACUCAACAAUAGAAAGCGUGAGCAACGGCGUCCCAAUAAUCUGCUGGCCUUACUUUGCUGAUCAGUUCAUUAACCAGAGCUACAUUUGCGAUAUCUGGAAAGUCGGACUGCAAUUUGAACAAGACGCAAGUGGGAUAAUCACCUGUGAAGAAAUCAAAAACAAGAUCCAUCAACUACUUGGUGACAAUACUUUCAAAGAAAGAGCUCUGCAUCUUAAGGAACUAAUGAUGAGUAGUUUAAGAGGAGGUAAACCUAGCAAGAAUCUUAAUGAUUUCGUCGAAUGGAUAAAGAAAUAA